UGUCUUUUCUGAGCGUGCUCAGAAUGUUCAGAAUCUUUUCAGGCUUUUUUCUGAACUAAAAAAGAAAAACCCCUUUUGUGGGACGCGCCUUAUAGUUUUGGCGGUAUUUGUCAUUUGUGUUUUUGUUUUGCUUUGUAAAAUAAUUUUAAAAGUACCUACCAACCUUUAUUUUUAUCACUAUUUUUGUAUUUAAAGAAUGAACACUGUAAUGGAAGUAGAUGAAGAAAAAGUAACACUACCGUAUAUCCGAAAUCUCGAAGAUGUUAAAGAAAUUAUAAAUCAUGCACGUUUAGAUAAAAGAAAUUUAACUCCAGUAACACAGUCUUUCUACUUCCCGUCGAAAAAAACUGGAAAUGAAAAGUUUCGGCUUUUAGAAUUAAACCCACAUCUCCUUAAAAGUAUUCGCGAUGGAGAGACGUUGUUUUUCAAGGGAGGCCUCCAUGAAAGUGCUGUUCUUUGCUCAAAUGAAAAAACCUAUGAAGUUAAAGAAACUGAAAUAUCAAACAGUCUCCUCCUUAUUCCCGACCUGAAAUUCGCUGCACAAACAAGCACAUCUCCUCUUAAGAGUCCAAGAAUUGGUGCGAAUUCUUCCUUAGAACGCAUUAAUAAUGAUGACAGUGAUGAUGAUGAGGUUACCAUAGAAAGAGUUUUAGAACAGAAAAAAAUUUUGAAGGUUGUCUAUGAUUACUUUGAAUGUAGAGAAAUCCAACCUCGGUUUCGCAAGCUAAACGAUCUUUUAAUGAUGACGCGCUAUUCUGGUCCUGAAAAUGAAUAUUCAAUCGAAAAAAAACUGUUAUUUACAUUUGAUCAAUUGCUUGACACUGUCCAAUGUAGCAAAAAACAAUUUGAGGAGGGCUUGAAACGAAUUAGAUCUUUGGAACUAGAUGGAUUCAUAAGAGUAUUAGACUACGAAUAUGAAUAUCGCGUUAUCAGCUUAAUGAUGGCCAUCAUAUCGGAAAAUUCAUGGCAGUUAAAUGAAGUUGACAAAGUUGAAACGAUAGCUGCACUUGAAGAAAUUGUACCAAAGCAGAUUGUGGAGGGAAUUUUCAAUAUUUAUGCCCAACCAGUCGAAAAUUCUGAUAAAUUCGAGUAUAACGAAGAACUACUAGCGCGUAUUGUGGCAUUAAAUAUUCUCAAGCCAGGUUUGAAAUUUCGAGUUCAAGAAUUUAUGUCCACUUGGCAAAGUGCCCUGGUUGAAGGGUUAGAUGUUCAUGAAAAAUAUCUUCGUGGAAUUGGUAUAAUUGAUAAAGAAUCCAAGCCUCCGUGUGUUAGGUCAUUAAACGAGGAAAAUAUUACUACAAAUAUUCACGACAGGAUUGAUUUGCUGUUCAAAAUGAAAACAAGGUGGACUAUUGAAGAAAUUGAACCGUACUUGGAAUACUUUUCAACGCCAACAAUGAAUGUGUCAUCUCUUCUUGCAAAAUAUGCUAGAUCAUUUAUGGUAGAUGGUGUAAGGCGUUACGUUGCGAAACACAUGUAAAGUUUUGUAUACCGUUUAUACUAGAAAUAUAGUUAAUAUUAGGGUUAUAUUGUUUAAAA